AUGCCUCGUUACGGGAAGAUUGUGGUGAUCAAAAGGAAUGGCACAGAUGGAAUUAUAUUCCCACUCACCUCCACCUUGUGUUUGUUUGGAAGGAAAUCUGAGUGUGACAUCCGCAUGCGCCUGCCCUGGGUGUCCGGUGAGCACUGCAAGAUUGAGAUCAAUGAGAACAAGGAGCUCUACAAUUCUGAAGUAACUUUGUGUCUGUAUGACUUUGUAGAUAAUGCUGAGUGUGAAGGAAAAAAUGCCAAUGAAAAUCAACAGACUACAGAGAAAAACAUUCCUGAAGCUUUACCCAUCAAACUGCAAACACCCAGACGCAGAAAACAGCAAAUCUCUAAAAAGAGCAAAGAAAUGUCUCCCUUUUGUAAACUCUAUGAGAACCUGAAACAUGAGCUGAACGAGAAGGCACCUGUGUACAAGGGAAAUGCAGCUGUGCCAAAAGAUGAUGAGAGUGUUCUGGUGUCAAGAGACACAGGCCAAAGACACCUGCAGGAUCCCAAGGAGCUGAGUACACCAGGCAGAGCUAAAGGUGCUGAGGUUACCACCAGACUCAGCAGGUACAGUGCUGGAAACCACUCAUUUUUCCUGGAGCAGUGCUCUAUAGAGAGAUCAGAGUAUCCAAUUGAAGGGAAAACGCAGAGAUCAGCAACUGCCACCCCAAGUGGUUCUGAGGGAGGCAAAUAUGUUCUGUCCACACCAACCCCCAGAAGGAAGAGCCCUCGGUCUGGUUUUGUGUCACCUGCCAAGGACACCCCUGGGAUGAAUUCUGUCAGUACCGACAUUCCAAAAACUCCACGGCGAAGGAAAUCUUGUCCUGAAGUUCCACCUAGAACUCCAAGGGAAGGCUCAGUGCGUAGAACUGAUGUCAUCACACAACUGCCUUUGCCAGAAAACGAGUGCCUAAAGCCAAGGCGAAACAGCAAACAACAUACUCCAGGGAAACCUGUGCCAGAGGAAGUGCUGAAGGAAAUCUGUGCUCGGGCAAACUCGAAGGAGGGACACACUGAAACUCCUGCUGCUUUCCCUAGUUCCAAGAGUCCCAGGAGAAAUAGCAGGCAAAGGAAGGAAUCGUCAGACAAAAUUGUCCAUUCAGAGACACUGGCUACAGAAGGGAUGGUGCCAGCUCCUGUUGGGCACACACCUGGCUCUGCAAGGAAAACGGGAAAGUCAAGGACCUCUGGAGUGCUGAGGCAAACAGCACUGCAGACAAGUGCUGUUCAGGAACAUCCUGACAAGACUCCAGCCAGACAGGAGAGUGGAAGUCGGGCAGAGCUGAGCACAGAAGGUUCUCAGCAGACACCAGGUUUGGAGGAUGGCAGUGGUGUGAGGCCUCGUAGGCUGUCAGCAAAGAGAAGGUCCUCAGGCAGUGCUCCUGUGCUGGAAGGUGAUGAGUCUGUCUCAGACACUAACACCCCUGGGCUGAUGGCUGCAGAACAAUCAGGCAAGGCCAGAAGGAGCACUCAGAAGAGGAAAAGUGCUGAGUUAUUGCUGCAGUCUUCGAGCAAAAGAAAGAGAGUGUCUUUUGGUGGUCAGCUGAGCCCAGAGCUGUUUGAUAAGAGUUUGCCUCCCAACUCUCCCCUUAAAAGAGGAGCUCUCCCGGCCAGACAGAGUUUGCCAUAUGGAGAUUCACCUCGUGCUGUCCUCAAAAAGGCUCAGGGACUGAAGAGCUUGGCUGAGCAGGAAAAGAAAAGGUCACCAAAAAGUUCACCGGCCCAGAAGUCCCCAAGUGCCUCAUCCCCUGCCUCAGGGAAGGCAACACCUUUUGCUUUAGGCUCUCCAGCACCAUACAGAAAAGGGAGAUUCUCCAUUUCUUACCCUCCAACAGCACUGCCCAUGGCAGAGGAGAAGGAUCCUGGCACAGCAGACAUGAAUCCAAAAGAGAAAACACCUCAGUCUUCUUCUGCUAACCAAGAUGAGAAAACCUUUGGAAGAGCUACACCUGCCAGAUCAACAAGAGGUGCCCAAGUUCGCUUGAAGAGCACUCCAGAGGAAGAAAGGAAAAUCAAAGGGCACUUCAGCACAGGUCAUGCAGGGUCACCUGCUACAAUAGUUGUAGGCAGAUCUUAUUCCACCACAGUCAGAUCAGCUGGACGUGUCCCUAAGGUGGUAAGAAAUCCAACCCUGAAGCUGAACAUGAACAUGGAUGAAAGCUUCACAGGAGUGUCUGAAAUGUUUCAAACCCCAGAAAAUACGAGUGAAAAGACCUUACCUUUGGCUGCUGCUGGGAAUGCUGAAUGGACACCAACCUGUGCUGCAGGAGACACUUCUGAACUGAACACUCCUGAGGAGUCUGGAGAGAUGCUGGUGUCACCAUUAAAUAACUCAGAUGCUUCAGAGCAGAAACAAGAGAGUCCAGGCAUUCAUUACUUACUGAGACAGGCGUUGUCUCCAAGCUCUGUGUUUGAUGAAAUAGCCACAAAAACUCCUGCAAGAAGAAAAGCUGUGCAGAAAGAUAAUAUUAGUGUGUCUAGAUUGUCAGUAGUUCCAGCAAAACAGGCAUCUCUGGUGAAAACAGGAAGGAAAAGGAGGACUCCAAAGCAGAACUCGGAGCCAGUUGAGGCCAUGUCAGGUAUGAAACGGCUUUUAAGGACCCCAGAGCAAAAGUCAGAGCCAGUAGAGGCUUUGUCAGGCAUCAAACAGCUCAUGAAGACCCCAAAACAGAAGACAGAACCUGUAGAGGCCCUGUCAGGCGUCAAGAGGCUCAUGAGGACCCCACGGCAGAAGCCAGAACCACUUGAGGACCUGUCUGGCAUCAAGGAGCUCAUGAGGACACCAGAAACCCCAAAGGUGAAGUAUCAACCAGUAGAAGACAUGGUUGGGAUCAGUCGCAUCUUCAAGACACCAGAGGACAAAGUUGAACCAGUAGAAAACAUGUUUGGCAUUAGCAGAUUGAUGAAGACUCCAAGACAGAAGUAUCAACCAGUUGAGGACUUUGUGGGGCUGCAAAGGCUCAUGGCAGAGCCCAGGCAGAAAUCUGCUGUUGAGGUGGACUAUGGUGGAGUGACAGAACUGUUUGGAACACCAGAGGAGGUGAAGGUCAGAGCAGUAAGUGUUAUGGAUUCCCAGCAAGAUGCUCCUACUCCUUGUUCAAAUUCCACUCAUGAAAAUCAAGGACAAACUGCCCAAGGUGAAGAUUCUCAACAGAAGGAAUCAACUGGUGAAGACCAGCCAACCCAGACAUCAAGGAGGGGCAGACCAAGGAAGACUGUACCUCCUGCUUCAGCCAAACAGUGUGCACAGAGAGGGAAUUUAAAGGAAUCGCAAAGUCUGGAUGCAGCCAGCACCCAAGAGGAGAUGAGAACCAUCACAUCUGAAAGCAAAGGAAGAGGAAGGAGAACCAGGCGUUGUGUACAAGAAGAAAUCAUUUCAAAGCAACCUGAGCAGGAAAGACUUGAAAUUGGGUCAGUUGUGGAACCACAUGGAGCCACUCAAAGACCAGCAAGAGGUGGAAGGAAGCAACUGAAGGAGUUAAAACAUCCAAGUGAGAAUCUUGAGUCUUGUGUUGAAGAUUCAGGGCUACAAGAAGAGUCCACAAGUAUGAAUCAGGCUGUGCAGGAGCAGUGUGGCCUCAAUGACAUAAUAGAAACUGAAGCUGGUCCAAGCACAAGGAGAGUCUCUGAUAACCUUCCAAAUCAAAACUGUCAGCUACAAACUGGUAAAAAACCUGAGAGCAAACCUGAUGGAAGUGGUAGAGAAGAGUGUGAAGAAGUGCUGCUGUCACCUUGGAGGAGAACUAGAGGGGCAGAGAACACAGAACCACUUAUUCCAGCUAAAAGAGGAAGAAGAGCCAGAAAUGACCAAGCGAAACAAGUUCCUUCAGCAGACCUUGAUGGAACAAGAAGAAAACUUCGUAGAGAUCCAUCAGCAAAGAUUAUCCAAAGCGAUGAACAGACUUUUGAUAAGGGUCCUGAGACUGUCACAGCAGAAGAAUCUGAAAGUGAAACUAAACCUGAAAUAAAGGUAACAGAGAAGAGUGUCAGGUCUUUAAGGAGCACUGGAAAUAGGAAGCUCUCAGCUGAAGUGAAAGUAGCAGAUAUUUGUGAGGUUGCACUUGAAAAUACACAAAGCACUCAGGAAACUGAGGAAACCUCAACUGAAACACAGUCACACAGCAAAAAUGGCAUUAAAGCAUCUCAGGGAUAUGGAACAGAGAAUGCUAAGGAAGUUAGAAGAGAGAGAGCUCCUUCUGCAGAGGCAAACCAAGCUGCUCUGAACUUGGAAGCAACCAGAGGUGCAGUACAGGAAACAACCAGGACCAGAAGCAGGAGAGGCAAAAAAGACUCUUUGGAGAACAAGGCUGAUGAAUUCACUGAAGAUGUGAACAAGAUAAAGCUAAUUACACCCAAAUCUAAGUCAGAAACAGAAAUGGAUGAACCUUCUCUCAAAGAUCCUUUGGGCUCUGUUUGUGGCAAGGACACAUCCCAAGGCACAAAGGAUGGGAAGAGCCCAGGUGUCACCUCAGCAAAGAGUGACAGUCCUGCCCACAGCCCUCGCAGGAGGACAAGGAAUGAAGUUCAGCCAAAGCCAACUGCACUCCUGCAGGAGAAUCCAGCACAGAGAAGUGGAACAGUGUGUAGAAGAGGAAGAGGCAAAAAAGUGAGUUUUGAUCUUGAAAACAGUUCCAAAGUGGAUGAAGGAAAGAGCUUACCUGGGGAGGAGGAAGGAACAGCUGACACAGGCAGUCAACACGAGAAUCCACAAACUGCUCCUUCACGAGGUAGGAGAGGCAGAAGAAAGCAAGUUGAUUCCAUUCCACAAAUAGCUAGUCCUACCUUGAGGGAAACACAAGACCAGAUCACAGCUGAGGCUGUUGUGAAGGAGCAAGUCUCAGGUGAGGAAGCUAAUCCCUCGGCAGGAGACAACCCACCGAGGCGAGGGAGGAGACAAGAGGUCUCUGCAGCACCACAGACUCUGAGGUCUCCUUCUGUCAGAACCAGGCGUAGGCUGCUAGAGGAUGAUGAGAAAAAGGCUGUGAGGGAAGUUGAAAGUCCAACUCUGGGACAUCAAGCUGUGCAGGCAAAGGCAAAUGCAUCGGCAAGGGUCAAGAAGAGAAAGAUUGAUGUAGCAGCAGAGGCACAAAGUUCAGCUCCUCUCCAGGGAAAACGCGGCUCAUCAGACACUGGAGAUGAGGGUAGGAAUGAACAACAAAAUGUGCCCUUGGAAACAGUGUCCUGUGAAAAGGAGAAGCCAUUGGGAAGAGGCAGAAGAAGAGAAGCUGCUGUGGUGUCACCCACAGCCUAUUCCAUUUCUCUUCAAGGGAAACAUGGUUUGCCUGCAGGGAAUGGUGGAGAAGGAGCUCCAGAAGCAUCAAAAGAAGAGCAAAAUCUUUCCUUGGAAACUUGUGAUUCAUCUGGAAAAGAAAACCAGCUGAGAAGAGGCAGAAGGAAAGGAACUGCCCUCUUGUUAGAAGCUACAGAUUCUACUUCCCUUCAGGGAAAGCGAAGUGGUAGAAAAAAUAAUGCUAGGGAGGCAAAAAAGCUGAUUUUGGAGAAAUCUCCUUCCCAGGAAAACAGGGAUCUACCCAAACGGAACUCAAGGCAAACAGGCACUUCACUGGCUGUUAGUUCCCCCUCACUUCAGGGUUUGCUAGAAGAUGGUAGGAAGGAAACUCCUGAAGACCCUCAGGAAGGAGCUCUAUCUGCAAGAGAAAAGCCAUCAAGAGUGGGCAGAAAGAAAGCAACUUCUUCCCCAUCUGAAGAAACUAACCCCACUUCUCUCAGGGAGAAACCUGGCCUGCCCAAAGGCAGAGGUCAAAGGGGGAUUCCAAAAGGUGAAGAUACAUCUCCAUCAAAUAAUUCAUGCCAGAGAAGGAUGAGGCAACUGAGGAAUAACAGCAGGAAGGUAGAAUUCACAUCAGGUGCAGCUACUCCUGUUUCUCCGCAUAAAAACUUGGCAGCAAAUGGAAGCAGUUCAGAAUCUCAGAGUGGGUGUUUGGCACCCACUGGUGCUGAGGGCAGUGAUCAGAGUGGAAAGGGACAGCAGGUGAACCCCAGGCCCCAGAGAACCUCCACCUCUCGCAAAAGGAGAGGGCAGCUGCCAGCAGAGGACUUGGGUCCCAAGAAAUUGAAAUCAG